CGUUUUCGUGACAUGGGGUCGAUCGAUCGACCCACACAACUCAACCUUCGCUUCCACACUCACACGCAAGCAAGAUGACCGUCAUGACCCGCAGCAUGUCGUCGAAGACUCGCAGCUCAGCCAAGCCUCCGCGCCCCACGACAUGUACCUGCGUGUGGUGCCGAACAUGGAAGCCUCGCAAGGUGUACUACCGCACGCGACGCGCCGUCAAGAAGGAACGGUCGCAACCAACGCCCAAGGCCACCAAGUCGACGUUUUUGAAACGCAAGCCUCGAGGGACGACAUCUGCCGCUGCCACGGCGCCGCCAACGCCCGCGACAGGACAAGUCGACUCGAUUGCGGCAGCGCAUCUUGCCCACCUGGAUGCGCCACUGCGUGUCGCGACCUUGCCGGACGGACACGUCAUGGACGCGUCGCUCGUCUUGGUCGACCUGGCUCAAAACAUGGACAAGUACUACCUCAUACAACUGAUCCAAGCAAACGUCUCGUCGCUCGGUGGCGACUCGCACUACUACUGCUUUACGCGAUGGGGUCGCACUGGCACAGCCGGCCAACAUCAACUGGAUGGUCCUCACGUAACGUUGGCCCAUGCCCAAGCAGUGUUUGAGUCAAAGUUCCAUGAGAAAACGGGGCAAGCCUGGCACACCCGAGCGUCGUUUGCCCAGAUCGACGGCAAGUACGACCUUCUCCGCGUCGACUACGAAGCCAAAGCGAACGGACAGUGGGAAUACUACAUGGACGACUUUGUCGACGGCAAGGCCACGGGGUGGUACCCGUACACGGCAGGCGGCACCACGCAGAUGGAAUUCCUGUGGCAAACCCACCAAGCGAACGCGACGUACAACAGCCGCAUCGUCCAGUCCGGACAUUACUCGUACAGGAUCGACUUGACCGCGAUGACGCAGACGAACAUUUCGACCGAGAAACUGCGCCGCAUUCGACGACGACGGUAGACGUAAGCUUAACGAAUCGAAUUUGCACCGAGCAGAGUCGAUCCGACACGGCGCGGCACUCGGAGCGCUUGUGUGGAAUGCGGUGACGUGCUCUACGAGCACACGUCCUGGCACGAACCGUAGAAGUCGACAGCACAUUUUAUCGACGCCGCCGCCUUCCACAUGAACCUUUGAAAUGCCCAACCUCAGACGAAGAGCCUUUGCAAUGGACUCCGUCGAAAAAGCAAAGCGCGAUUAGUUGCAUGCUGCAGGCAUGCCGCGCCAUCUCGGCGGCGAUGUUGCGUCGUUGUACGAUGGCCGCAUUGUCCUCCACAACGGGGGGUCUC